AUGGUUUCAGCCAAUCUAGUACUCUUCUCAGCCUUGUUGCUUCUUUUGGUCGGUUUUGCAACCUCCGAUGUUAACCAAGACAAAGAAGAAUGUACGGACAAGCUCCUUGGUCUAGCUGGUUGUCUCACCUACGUCAGUGGCGAAGCCACACUCCCCACCAUCGAUUGUUGCUCUGGUCUCAAACAAGUUAUUGACAAGAGCAAGAGGUGCCUCUGCAUCCUCAUCAAGGAUCGUAAUGACCCAAGUCUUGGCCUCAAGAUCAAUGUCACCCUCGCUCUUAAUCUCCCAGAAGUUUGCAAAACACCCACUAAUAUAACCCAGUGUGUUGAUUUGUUGCAUUUGUCACCGAACUCCCCCGAUGCUAAGGUGUUUGAAGGGUUUGAACAGGCCUUGUCCAACAAAACUAGCCCCUCUUCAGCCCCUGCCGCUAGUAACGCCACUGCAAAGGGAGGAAACACAAGCACAGACAAGAAGAACGAUGGAGGGUGGGGAAGGAGGUGGUUGGUGGCAGAAGUGGCGUGUGGGAUUUUACCACUAGUCUUUGUAUUCCAUAUGGUGCUGCUCCUUGUUUGA